CUCCUCAGUCCAGUCACUCAACUCUCGGACACCACAGUCUUUUCUUCGCUCCUUUUCUCAUUUUGACCCCCUUCCCUCUCUUUCUCUCUCUUUUUUAAUUGCAAUGAUUAAUAUUAAUUAAUUUAAAUUUAUAGUUUAAUCCUUUAGCUGAAGCAAACACAUUCUUUAACUUAAUUAAACUCACAUUAAUCAUAUUUAAUUAACUGCAAUAUAAGUGCUACACUUUCUCUCUCUCAGUAUUUUGUCAGUUUCUAGGAGUGAAAAUCCAAUGGCGAAAGACCUGCUGCAACUUCCUCAGUUGACGAUGCUGAUUCUUCUUCUUCUUCUUCCUUUUCUUCCUCUCCGACUGCUUCUGCAACGGUGUCGUUUUCCAGCUCUUUCAUCCAUCUUCCUAUCUCUUACCUCACUCGCAUUGUGAUCUCUUUCCUUUCGAUCCAACUUACUUCCCUCUCUCUCUCUUAAUUCAGAAAAAACAAAAGACUAUUAAAUACAUUAGAUGGAGCAAUACGACGUGCUGGAGCAAAUUGGGAAAGGGGCUUUUGGUUCUGCCCUUCUUGUUAGGCAUAAGCACGAAAAGAAGAAGUAUGUGCUGAAAAAGAUUCGCCUUGCUCGCCAGACUGAAAGGUCUCGAAGAUCUGCUCAUCAAGAGAUGGAGCUCAUAUCUAAAUUGCGAAAUCCAUUCAUUGUAGAGUACAAAGAUUCGUGGGUAGAAAAGGGUUGCUAUGUAUGCAUUAUUAUAGGCUACUGUGAAGGAGGAGACAUGGCAGAAGCUAUUAAGAAGACCAACGGAAUACUUUUUCCUGAAGAGAAGCUCUGUAAGUGGUUAGUUCAACUCCUCAUGGCAGUUGACUACUUGCACGUUAACCAUAUUCUUCAUCGUGAUGUUAAGUGUUCUAAUAUAUUCUUGACAAAAAAUCAAGAUAUUCGUCUCGGUGAUUUUGGACUUGCCAAAAUAUUGACCUCCGAUGACCUUGCCUUGUCUGUUGUGGGAACACCCAGCUAUAUGUGUCCUGAGCUUCUUGCUGACAUACCUUAUGGUUCUAAGUCAGAUAUUUGGUCUCUAGGAUGCUGUAUAUAUGAAAUGGCUGGUCUAAAACCAGCAUUUAAAGCAUUUGAUAUUCAAGCUCUGAUUAACAAAAUUAACAAGUCAAUAGUAGCUCCCCUUCCAACAAAGUACUCGAGUGAAUUUCGAGGUCUUGUCAAAAGUAUGCUGCGGAAAAAUCCUGAAUUUAGGCCAAGUGCUGCAGAGUUGCUUGGUCAUCCACAUCUUCAGCCUUACGUUCUCAAUGUUCAUCUUAAACUUAACAAUCCCAGGCGUAGUAGUUUAUCUGUACAGAGACCUCAGUCCAACUACUCAAGAAAAACAAGAUUUUCGGAGCCAGAAAUUCAUUACCCCAAUUUUCAAGAGAAGCGGCAUUCAUUUAGCAAUGAUAGGACACUGAAUCCCAGUAUAUCUGGAGAACUAUCUUUUGCAGACUCUCAUAAAGAGGUUGCCACUCCCAUUAAGAGGACAAUCACCUCCAAAACAUCAAAUACAGCAAGGACUUCAAGGUUUACGUCGUCAUCAAAAGCAUCUGCCACCCCCAAGAGAUGGAUGGAGCCCCUUAAGCGUGUUUCGGUUUCACAUACUCAAAAGAAAACAGUGUCAACCACUCGCCGUGCUUCAUUGCCAUUGUCAACCAAAGCUAGAGGUCAACCAUCUGAUACCAGGUCCAGUGCAGGCAUCCUCCAUCAUAUAGAAUCUCCUGAUGUUUCUGUUAAUUCUCCUAGAAUUGAUAGGAUAGCUGAAUUCCCGUUAGCCUCAUAUGAUUUUGGUGAUCACUCGAUCACAAAAGACAAAUGCACAGUUCAGAUCUCUGACAGAACAAAGGCCAGUUAUGCUGAUGCAUGGCAAGGAAUUCAACGCAGCAUCUUUAAGACAGAAAGGGAAGAAUUAAGUGAUGCAGGAUCUGAUUUAAAUGCUACUGCUGGAGCAUCAAGUCGCACCUCAUCAGACUUAAGGCGCCAUCGGUUUGAUACUCGAUCAUUCCAGCAAAGGGCUGAAGCUUUGGAAGGGUUACUUGAAUUCAGUGCAAGAUUGCUCUGCCAGGCAAGGUAUGAAGAGCUGGAGGUUUUAUUGAAACCAUUCGGACCUGGAAAGGUCUCCCCAAGGGAAACUGCAAUUUGGUUGACGAAAAGCAUUAAGCAAAAUACAACCAAGCAGGAGGUUUGAUACCAAUAUUCCUUCUGCCAUAUGUACCAUAAUCGUAAUCGCAGCAAUCUAGACUAUUGGUAAGCCUUUUAGUUUAGCAAACUUUUUUCUUUUGUUAAACAGGAAUUAGCCACUUAGAUUUCUAGUUAUAAUUACUGAGAUCUGAAUCAGAUAUUGUAGUUACUGAUUCAAAUUCUUAUAGUUUGUCAAAUGGGACAACCAAGUAGAAGUUCUAGAAAUUGUAUCUAUACGUUUGAACUCCGCAAUUUUGCUUGCACUUUAGCUGAAUUAUAUUCAGUGGAGAUGUAAUCAUGUAGUAUUGCUCUCCUUCCUUUCUUUUCUAUUGAGUUUUCAGUUUCGGGAA